AUGGGAAGGUCCAAGUUUCCGGGGAAGCCGCCGAAAACGGUGACCAGGAAACGGAUAAAAGUUCUCGGUCAGCCCGAGACUGUCCAAAACGAUUCGGUAACCGUCGCCGAGAACAUCUACUACGGACUUUCCCUGUUCAACGAAACAUUUGGUGACAACGAGAAGGAACAUCCGCCAUUCCAUGGUUUUAGCACUAAAGAGGCUAAUCUUUCUGUGUCUUAUAUAAAAACACAGCAACAUGGUACCGAAACUACAAAUAAUAAAGCUCCUUCCGUUAAGGUUAAAAAUCAUGUUUUACAAUCUAGCUCUAAUAAAGAUAUUACAAACGUCAAAAAUUCUUCCAUGGAUAUGGAAAAUAAUAUAGAAAAAUUGUGCGAUACUAAUUCUGAAUCAAAUGAAAACGUUAAAAAAGAUCUAACUACAUCGGAUUGUAACAGGACUUCAAAAAUUAAUAGACCCAAAACUCGAAGAAAUUGUAAUAAUAUCAAAUUUUCAAAUUUUAUGAAAACUCCAGUAUUGAAGUCGGUGAAUGCUAUCCUAGACCAACACCAACGUACUAGACAACUACGCAAUAGUACUGCUAAAAGAUUGUUACAAAGAGCAAAAUCUAAUAGCAGCAAUGUACGUAAUGCUAUAGUACAGUCUGGUGAUAAAUCCAAUACUGUAAGAAAAUUUAUAUUACCUAUACGCAGUGCACAUUCGUCGAGAGUUAUAAAACCUAAUAAACGAUUCAUAGAAGAAUUAGAAGAUAUUUCUGGUACAGAGCAUAAUGAAAAUGAUAUUAAUGUACAUGUUAAAAAAGCUAGAUUUGCUGUAAACAAAUUAAACAAUCAAGAAUCAAAGUCAAAAGAGGAAGCUAUUAAUUUAUUACAUACAAAAUUAAAAAUUGAAGAGAUAAAAAAUAAGAGUAAAAAAAUAGUUCAGCGUACAGCUUCGAAUAACCAAAUCACAAGUCAACCAACGAAAAAUUCUACAAAAUUCUCUGAUUCAAGACAAGAUGUACAAGUGUCUAAGCCUAUAGUAAAAGAAGCAAAGAAAAAUAAUAACACAUCCGCUAAAAUAAAACUAACCAACAGCUUGUCUAAUGAAUCGGAUGCUAAGCAUGAUAGCUCAGAGAAUACAAGUGGAACUGUACAAAGCCCUAAGUCAACCAUUUCCAGAAACAAUAAACAGACAUCUGUUCCUACAAAAGUUCUUCCUGAUAUCAAUGUUCCAAAUUAUGAGUCUUCCAGAGUUCAAACAAGAUCAGGAACUCAGUGUGAAGUAUUCCACGAUGCAAAUAGUCCAAAUAAUACACAAAAUAAUACAAAAUUAACAGAAAAUAAUAGUACAGAAGAACAAUGUUGUCUGAAUAAAGACGACAAAACAGUCGAAAGUAAUUCAGAUAAUUUUGAUACAGAAAGUACUUUGUCCGAAAGUGGAAGUGAUCACAGUAAUCACACAGAGGAUGAACAAUCUGAAUGGUCGGGAAUAAAAUUGAACGGAGGGAAAGUUAUUUUAAGAAAAGCAAGAUUAAAAUUGGAUAAUAAAUGUGUGGGUGGAACAGAAGGCCCAUUUUCUGUAACAAGUACUAAUACUAAUUCUAAUGGAAGCACAAACUUAGGGUUGACAGGAACUAUAAAAUGUGGUGUUUGUGGUGCAGUACGGUUUUAUAGAUUUGUCAAGCAAGCACGAAAGUUUGGAAUUCACAGUUGUGAAUCUUGUCGUAAAUUUAUUAGUAAAAUGAUUAAACGACAAGCUUGUGCUAAGUCAACAAAUAGUCCUCUUCCUUUUCUCCAGUGUCACAAAGGCGAUGGAUUGUGUCUUGUACCACCCGUUGUUAGAAGUCAUCAAUGGAAUCUCAUGCGCUGUGUUUAUAAGGCUAGAUGUCCGGCUUGUUGGUUAAAAAUGUGUCUCAAGUGUUAUAAUAUACCUGCUACGUUGAGAUCUGGUUUGAAUUCCAUGUUGCCACCUAUGAUGCGAGAUCCUUUAAGUACAUCAGCAUUAUUAGGUCAAGAUGAAAGCGAUUGUCAAGGUCAAAAGUCGCCACCAUGCAAAAUAAGCUGGCCAGCGGAAGAUAGUUUGGAAAAAAACUUAUUCAAGUCUGCGAUGAGUUGGAAGAAUAUCGAAUUAGGUCAAAAAACUGCUUAUCAGUGUACAGGUGGUUUUCUUUAUACAAAACUUGAGAAAUUUGAUGCUGUAAUGAGUACAUCGCCAAAUAAAAAAAGAAGAAAGCACAAUCGAAUUAAAGUACGGAAGAAAAUCAAAAAUCCCAUACUUCCUUCGCCACAGAUAAAUCACCGUCCACAACCUCUUAGGCAGAAACUCGAAUUAAAAGGACCAAGAGUAAAGCAUGUUUGUCGAAGCGCAAGCGUUGCUCUUGGACAACCAAUAGCGACUUUUCCUUCUUUGGAUAGUAAAGAGGAAUCGGAAAAUAAUAGCCAUAGUCCAAAAGCAGUUACGAAACAAGCUAAUGUGGUUGAUAAGAAAAGCGAUAAUUCGAAAGAUAAGGAAAUUUGCAAGGAUAGCGAUGAGAAUAAUCAUAAUACAAAUGUUAAUACUGUACAACAAUCCUAUUCGAGAAAGGGAAAGUCACAGCAAAAUAUGCCCGUGUCUAAUCUUUCAAUGAUUUCAAAAACUAAUCUGGAAACGUCACAUACAGUGUCUAUAGAUUUCUGGGAGCAAUAUGAUCCUACAGAAGUUGGGGCAAAAGGUUUUGCUCUCAUUGGUUCAGAAUUAUUUCACGUUCCUGCCAUUUGUUUCCUUUGCGGGAGUGCCGGAAAAGAACCGCUGAUUUACUGUCAAUGUUGUUGCGAACCAUACCACGCUUUUUGUUUGGAACCCAGUGAAUGGAGUAUUUGUUCACAACCAAAUUGGUGCUGUCCAAGGUGUACGAUAUGUCAAUCCUGCCAUUUAAGAUUUGGUCCAAAAUUAUCUUGUAUUCGUUGUCGUCAAUCAUUUCAUCACACGUGUCUUUUGAAAUCUGGUAUCAGUUCUAGACUUUAUAAUCCAGAUAGACCUUAUGUGUGUCAAAGUUGCAUCAAGUGUAAAAGUUGUGGUAGCGAGGGUGUAAACGUUCACGUAGGCAACUUACCUUUAUGUUCCAUGUGCUUUAAAUUGAGGCAACAAGGAAACUAUUGCCCAUUAUGUCAAAAAUGUUACAAUGAAAAUGAUUUUGAUACUAAAAUGAUGGAGUGUAGUGAAUGUUCUUGCUGGGUUCACGCUCGUUGCGAGGGUCUCUCGGAUGAAAAAUAUCAGAUUCUUAGUUAUCUUCCAGAUUCCAUCGAAUUUACCUGCCAACAAUGUUCCGACAAUCCAAAUUCCGUUUGGAGAAAUGCCGUUGAAGCAGAACUUAAAGCUGGACUCAUCGGUGUGAUCAAAUCGUUGAGUAAGAAUCGGAAAGUUUGUGCCGCGUUAAAGUGGAGUCCUAAGAAAGAAUGUUUCUGUAAGUCAGUUUCAACUGCAAAGAAAAUAGAUCUUCUCGAGGACAAAACCGAGAUGAAUGGUACAAACGGUAAAGAGAUUGCCACGUCGGAUGAAUCUGAUGACUUAACUGGAAGUGGAGAACAUAGUUCGGUCUCCAGUUUGAAAUCUGAUUUAUCAAACAAAUCCGAAUUGGAGGAACAACCAACGGAGGGAUCAACGAGAAAAGGCUUGCGUCGUCUUCGACAAAAGUUUCACUUGAAAGAAUGUACAGUGAGGGUAAAGAAUUGUAUCCCUAAAGAUGCACUGGAUGUUGAUAAAAAAGAUAUGACUCGUAAUCAGGAAUCCACCAACGAGAAAUUAGGUGAACUUUCAGACUGUCAUUGUACGGAACAACAAAUUAUCGUGAGACCAUCGCCCACGCUAAUGACUGUUAAACAAAAAGUUAACAAUAACGAAUAUAAAUCAUUGAUUCAAUUUCAUGCAGAUAUGGAGCACGUAAUUAAUCGUACUGAUAUCAAAGAUUUGAUGGACGCAUAUCACGAAACUUUACAAGAAGUAUUUCCAUGGUUUGUACCGAAAAAUUCUAAAGCUGACCAUAAGACUGGUGACGCACCCGCUUCGACUAUAGAUGUCGAUGAAAAUAACGAUUCGUCGAUACAGAAAUCGGACGAUUCCGUUGUAGACGCGAAUAAAGAAGAAACAAUAAAAGGUUCCAAAGUUGUUGCAGCGAAAUCAUUGAAUUCGUACAGCGCUAAUCAAGAAGAUAGCAGGUCAUGUUGUUUGUGUAAGGGAUUAGGUGAUGGCCAAGAAACGAAGGAAGGUAGACUUCUAUAUUGUGGACAGAAUGAAUGGGUCCAUGCAAAUUGUGCAUUAUGGUCGAACGAAGUAUUUGAAGAAAUUGAUGGUUCCUUGCAGAAUGUUCACAGUGCUAUCUCAAGAGGACGUUUAAUUCGUUGCAGUGAAUGUGGUAAAAAAGGAGCGAGCAUAGGAUGCUGUGCAAAAAAUUGUAACAACACUUUCCAUUACCCUUGCGCAAGAAAUAUCGGUCUUGCUUUUAAUGAUGACAAAACAGUAUUUUGCUUUUUGCAUUUAAACAACUCGACGCAUAAACCGCUACAUAACGAAGCUGAUUUUAGUUUAAAGAGGCCAGUGUACGUCGAACUCGACCGUAAGAAGAAAAAGUAUGUAGAACCAAAUAAAGUCAAAGUGAUGAUCGGCUCGUUGAUAAUCGAUUGCUUAGGCACGAUAGUACCAGAAUUUUCUGAUACAGUCGAAAAAAUAAUACCUUGCGAUUAUAAGUGUUCACGGCUAUACUGGUCCACUGUAAAUCCAUUUAAAAUCGUAAGAUAUUAUAUUAGAACGUACGUGCAAGUAUUUGUGCCAGAAGUAUCGGCUGAUUUAGAAAAUAACAUUACCAUUGAUCAUUCCAAAGAGCAAAGGAAGGAAGAUCUGUCAACGGAUAAGCAUAAAGUUGAAUAUUUAGUUGUAAAACAAACUUUGGAUGCAUUAUUGGAUACCGUAUGUAGUAAAGAAGUCGAUGAAAAUUUAGCUGAGCAAAACAAUACAGAUUUGUUACCUCCUGAAUUGGAAGAAGCUAUUUUUGAGGAUUUACCCCAUGAUCUGUUGGAUGGAAUUUCCAUGCAAGAUAUUUUUCCGAAAAUGACAAUUGAGGACUUUUUAACUAUGGAUCUGAAGAAUGACGGCACUUUCACGAACGAUUUAUUUAAGGAUGAUAUGCUAUCUUCUGAGGUAGCGGAAUCAUCCAAACCAGCGGAGAGUAAAAUUUCAAAAAUGGAUCCCUCUUUAUUAGAAUUAGGAACGCAUAACGAUCUGUGGGUACAUUUAGAAACAAAGACUUCUGUUCAGGAUUUUAUGGAUGAUUUAUUCAAUUCCAAAAGUCAAAAGCGUGGUGGUAGAGAAUUGAAACGCUCCAAAUCAGAAGUAAUAUCAAAUAAUUCACUAAUAGUAGGAGGCCCGAGGCAUCAUCAGAGAUCUUGCAGUCUUACUUGGAGUUGCAAGUUGGAUAACACUUAUGGUCCUAGUAUAAAAAGGAGAAAAUUACCUAGAAACACGGCAGGAAAAUCUACCGAAACUAGUGUAAUGGUACUUGAUGCCCAAAAUGAACAUACGUCUAUGAUACAUGAAUUACGAAUUCCUGAGAGUAUAAUGGUCACCGUGGGCAGAGCAAAUACUCCUAACAUUAUAUCUGAUUCGGUACGUGAAAUAAAGUAUUGUAUUGAGGAUUCGAGUGGCAUUAAUCGUCACGUGUUGCCUUCGAGAGACGACGGAAAGGAACAUAAAAGACUCUUUUGGCACGCAAGACAACAGCCUCGUAUAUUACAAGUGGAUGGUUCUGCCGAUCCAAGUAGUGCUAGCGAAUGUAGUUCUCCUGAAUAUAAUAUAGAGGAAAAAACAUCUUUGGAAAGAUCUGAACACUUAUCCAUUCCUCAAUUGGAUGGUAUCAACGAUGAAUCUUCGUGUGAUGAUAACGAGUGGAUCUUAUCCAAGGAAAAAGAUUUAAAUUUGUUUAUACACCCUUCAAAUGUACAACAUUCACGAAGAAUUUUCGGUCUUCUCAGGUCACAUUUAUCCCACAAUGAUACGCGAAAAGAAAAUGACAAAGAUAAUUUCUCUCAUGUUUCAAAAUCUAUACAGCAUAAAUCGAAUUUUUUCAAAGGGAAAGAUCUCAAAUUAAAUUUACAAAUUCCGCAAUUAGACGGAGCAGAUGACGUUUCUAGUGACGACGAAUGUACGUCUCCUAAACAUGCUGAGAAUGAAAUAGCCAAUGUCAUUCCACAUUAUGAUCCUCCAAUCGAUCGCACUGAAAAACCUGUAACUUGUGAAAGAUGUCGUUGCACAUAUAGAACACAAGAUAGUUAUAAUAGACAUCUAAUUAACUGUGAUAUUAUGAUUACGAGCGAUAGUGAUUCUGAAAUUAUGGAUAAUAAAUUAGCAUCCCCAGAUUCCAGAUUUUCUCCAAAUAUUGGAUCGGUGUCUCCACAAUUUAUAACUCUUUCUCCGUCAGAAGGACACACACUUUCAUCGGAAUAUACUGAAAUACAAGCUACAUCGCCUAUAGAAGCCUCUGUACCAUCGCCUCAUCCAGGAAUCCAAAUAGAACCAAUUGCUCAAGCAAUUAUUACACCACAAUUACACACUCGUGCUACUGUAGAAACUGUUCAUCAAACAGUAUUAACGUCUAACGAUAUGAUCGUGCAGACUCAAUAUACUAGAACGACAGCGACAUUACCAAAUGCCACAGUAUUACCUCAAGAAAGUACCGUUCAGAUAACGGAAAUAACAGAUCCUCCAUCGAUCUCCAACGACUCUUGUAUUACACAAACUUUGGUGAAUAUGCCAAUAAGCUCUCCAGAUAGUACAAGUUCUCAAAGCGUUCCAAGUCCACAAAUAUCGCCAACAUUUUCAUCUACUGGCGUACAAACUGCAACAAAUGAUGCGUCAUUGACAAAUAUUCAAAUAUCAAGAGUAACAAAAUCAAAAUCAGCUCGUGCUGCUAGACCUCGUGCAAAAAAUAUCAAAUCGCAUGUUAUGAAGAAUUCCGUGCAAUCGCAUAGUGGGCCUACUAGACUUCAGCCAAUGCAAACUAGUACUCCUGUGAUUCAGUUACAACAGACUCAAAGGCCCAAUGGUCCAACAGUAAUCUUGCAACAAGUUCCUUCGCCAAGUAUUAUGUCUGCAUAUGUUGAAACUCUACAACAGCAGUCUGGACAAAAUUUGCAGUAUAUAACUGCUAUCAGUGGUCAACAUGAAACUGGAUUCAAACCACAAUUUAUAACAACUAAUCAGUUAGUUCCAGGUACAUACAUACAAACGCCAUCUGAUAAUUUACUAGCAUUACAAAAUGGAGGAAUAUCAAUAUUACCAAGCGUACAAAUUGCACAGACCCAACCAACAGUCUUGGGAACUAUUAUACAACAGCAACCAAGUGCAAUACAAUGCGGUGUAAUAUCAUCGGAACAGUUGUUAUUGAGUUCUACUCCAACAUUAGAGAUGUUUACAGAUUCAACGGGAAGUAUGUUUGUUUCUAAUCAGCCCAUGUAUUAUGGUUUAGAAACAAUAGUGAGUAAUACCGUAAUGUCUUCGAGUCAGUUCAUGACUGGAGCAGUACCGCAAGUCUUAGCAAGCAGUUAUCAGACAACAACGCAAGUUUUUCAGGCUUCUAAACUUAUGGAACCUAUCGUAGACGUUCAAUCUGUUUCUGGAGUACCAACUGUAACGGCAGUUGAAGCAGUACAGAGUAUACCAGGUGUACCUAAUGUAACGGGCUUGCCUACUGUGCCGAGUGUACCUACAGUACCUGCUGUACCCAGCAUACCUAGCGUAUCUAGUGUACCUAGCGUGCCUAGUGUACCUAGUGUACCUAGUAUACCCACCGUACCCAGUGUACUGAGUGCACCUACUGCACCUAGCGUAGCUACUGUACCUAAUAUACCUAGUGUACCAAAUGUAUCAAAUGUACAAGCCAUGGGGAACGUACCGAACGUAUCGGCGGUAACUGGCGUACCUGGUGGUUAUGUCGUGGUCAGUCAACAUACACCAGUAGUAGACACGGUCGUAACACCACAAAUCAAUAUUCCCGCUAGCAUCGAACAAAAUUUUGCCUCGAUCGCGUGUAAUUCUAUAUCGCCGUCGCCCUGUAGGACAGUAGUAGAAGCACUUGCAGAUCCAGUGCAAAUACCAGAUGUAUGUUCGUCCGAAACUUCUAUCACGAUUACACCAAGAAUAACAUCGCCUCCUAAACCCUUACAACAAACAAUGCCAACUAUUCCAAGAGUUGCAGUACGUCCAAGUCCAGCUUCACAUCCAGGCAUACAAUUGAAUUGUGGAUCAUGGAAGAUCACUGAACAAAAAGAAACAACUUCUUUCGACACGGAACAGAUUAUUAGUAACAGUGUCAGACCAUAUUUUGAUUCGAAACAUGUAUCAGAAAAUACCAGCAUGAUAAAGGCUAGCAUAUCAUCUAAAAUACUGCCCUUACCUAAUCAUUGCAUAACACAGAGGAAUAUAAUUGUAAAUAAAUUGAAUCAUGAUGUAAAUAAUGUGCAUAAUAGUUAUAGCGGUAAUGUAUCAAAUUCUAACGGUAUCAAUGUAAGCACGAGUAGUAAUCCAGUUAUAACUAGUUGUAAUGUUCAAAAUAAAAUAACAAUGACUAUGAGCAAUGUACCAACGAGCAGACCCAUGAAUAGGGUUUUGCCAAUGCAGGCUGUUACACCGAAACAAGACCUUAUUAAACCUGUAGAAAAAGAAGAAAUCGUUAUGGAAGAACCAACUAAACCUAUUAUAAAAUCACCCAUUGAGCUGACGAAUACAGAAUCUAAAAGACAGAUCAUCGAAAGUAUCGUUCCAAUGAAAAAAUCUGAAAGCGAAGUUAACGGUAUGACGGAAACACGCAAAUUGAAUACAGAAGCUAUGGAAAAAGUUAAGGACAAUCUCAAAUUGGAACUCGAUAAAGAAAAAUUGCACAGUACAUCGUUGAAGAUCGUAUUACAAAAGCAAUUGCAAGAUGGUUCUUACAAAAUUAGGCACAAUAUGAAAGCAAUAACGCAAAAUAAAAAAUCACCGCAAGUAACAUCAGUGGAGAUAUUACCGACAAAGCAAGUACCGCAAAUAACGUCCUUACAACUUUUACCGAUUAAAACGUUUACGUUAAAAACAAAUAAAAUAGAAGAAAAAGUGAAGAAUAUAGAUAACAAAGUAAACGUAUUGAAGAAAAAUCCUCCAGUUGCUGUAAAAAAACCUAGAAUAAUUACAAAGUCUAUGAAACUUCCUCAGAAAGAAACUUCAAAUCCACAAGUGCAGAAAAGUUGUUCGAAAGGACCAAGUCUAAUGUAUGAAAUCAAAUCUCAAGAUGGGUUUACGCAUACUGCAUCUUCGAUGUCUGAAGUGUGGGAUAUGGUUUUCCAAGCUGUGCAAAAUGCUCGAAAGGCUCACAAUUUGCCUCCUUUACCGCAUAAUCCUCUUUCUGAAAAUCUUGGACUAGAAAAUAAUGCGACAGUAUAUCUAGUCGAGCAGUUACCAGGUGUCAAUAGAUGCACUAAAUAUAAACCCAAAUUUCAUAACUUGACACCAACAAUAUCCAGUGAAACGGAGAAUGAUCUUCUAGCAGCAUGUGAUAAUGGUGCAGCUCGUGCAGAGCCAUUUAAGGCUAGAAAAGUGCAUGAUAUGUUCAGUUGGUUGGCAUCGAGGCAUAGACAGCAACCAAAAAUGAUUGCUAUCUCAGAAGCAGAAUCAAGACGGGUAACGAGCACGAAUUUACCAAUGGCAAUGCGCUUUAGGAUACUUAAAGAAACAUCGAAAGAAUCUGUUGGAGUGUACCAUUCGCACAUACAUGGAAGAGGUCUUUUCUGUUUAAGAGAUAUCGAAGCUGGAGAAAUGGUCAUUGAGUAUGCAGGAGAGGUAAUUCGUGCAUCUUUGACGGACAAGCGAGAAAAAUACUAUGACAGUAAAAAUAUCGGAUGUUACAUGUUCAAAAUCGACGAUCAUCUAGUUGUUGAUGCCACAAUGAAAGGAAAUGCAGCGAGAUUCAUCAAUCACUCAUGCGAGCCAAAUUGUUAUUCAAGAGUGGUAGACAUCCUAGGUAAAAAACAUAUUUUAAUCUUUGCACUUCGACGCAUCGUUCAAGGAGAGGAGUUAACGUACGACUACAAAUUUCCAUUUGAGGAUAUCAAGAUACCAUGUACCUGUGGUUCUCGCAGGUGUCGCAAGUACCUCAACUGAGACUGCGUAUAAAAAUUUCGCAAACAUCCAUGAGACAGAUAGAAAGAGAGAAAGAUAAAGAUAAAAAGAGAAAGAAAGAGAAAUAUGUGCUAUAAUUACGGGCGCUUUGAAUAUAGGAUUCAUUUUAUUGAAGGUUAUUCAUUUGAACGUCAAACUAUUUUCAGAGAUAGCAGCUUUUUAUUACUACAAAGAGAAAGUAGAUACGCGCUAAGAGAUUGAUUAGAGAGCCAGCUACAAAGCGUGAAAAAUGGCGUUUAUGACAAUGUUACUUUAGACAGCUACGUUUGGUAGUUGAUUUAAGGACUAUACUUAUAGCAAUAAAUGAUUCAACGUGUCCCGCUUUCAUACCUAAAGGGUCUUGCGUGUUGGAAAACGCUUGAGACUCUUGAAAGUGUUAUAUUAUUCACGCCUGUGCUUUUCUGCACGAUUUAGGCUUUACAUUGUCUAUUAUUGAGGCUUAAGUGUACAAGUUGUCGUACACUUUACACUAAAUGUAAGUCUUCUUUAUCAUCAUUUUAUCGUCUUACGUGUGUUUUUAUUACACAGAUUUCUAAAUGUGAUUAUACCGAUUAUUCAAGUAUGUAACAUUUUUCGAUUUUCCUCUAGAAUGAAUCGGACCAAGCUAAAAAGAUAGUAUAUCAUCGAUGUACUGUUUGUAGGAGAUGCACCAUACAUUUUUUAACAGCACGACGUACAUGACAAUUCGAACUUGUUUCCCGAAUCAAGAAAGAGAUGCGAUUAAUAUAUUCGUGUAUAAUACAGUAACUGCGAGAAGAGGAUUGAGGGUAAUUUAACAAAGAAUUUUAAAGUGACUGUUUUUUAACAGCUGGCAAAUAAUCGCUACAAAUUGAAAUUUAAAUGCAUAUUAAAAUAGCGUGAGCGACGUUAACUUUUUCUUUUUUGCUUUGUUUUUAA